CACCUCCCGGUUGAUUAGACCUCGGGCUACCCAGUGCGCCUCCUCAUUCCCUUGAUUCCCCGAAUGGGCAGGGACCCAUACGAGUUCAACAGUAUUUUCAUUUGUAAAGUCCCGUAGGACUCGCGCGGCACAGACACCUAUGCUGCCUCUUUAAAAGCUGACUAUUGCCCUUUUUGAGUCGCUUAUGAUCGUUUGCACGGAGGGAUUCAUGAUGGCCAAAGCAAUGGCAGUCUCUUCCUCUUCGACGGUGGACGCUGUUUUUAUGGUCGCGGCGUUGAGGAUACUUCUCUCUCCGGUCACGACGCUCACUACUUGACGCAAGCACUGUUAUGCUGCAACUACAUCAUCUUCGGCUUCAGAAGCAAGUAUGGCAAUGUUCGAAGUUACAUGCUGUACUUCGACAUUUACUUCGGUACGGAGUGCUUCUUAAACAGCUGUACAGGGGUCAUACUCUUCAGCGGCAUGCAAAAAUUUCGAGUACCAAAGGAGGAACUCGCGGAAAAUCCAACGUGCCACAGCAUCACAAAAUUCGUAGACGAUCCCCUGGAGUCCCUGCGGCUGUUCAUCGCGUGGGCUAUCGUGGCUGCCGUGCUCUGCUUCUGCGGCAGCGUCGCGCUCUCUAUGGUUCUCAAGUGGGGCGCCAUACCCGGCAACAAGCUCAAAGACGACCCCGUGCUGAAAAUGCACGACAAACUGCGUGACAGAUCCAUAUUUUCCUCAAUAGUGUUCUACGUCAUAUACGCCAUAUUCAAGGCCUUGGUGCUGGUUGUGUUGUGCAAGUUCUACUAUCACCACCGGAGGAAGGUGAAGGACGGCCAGCCGCUGUACACGCCCUACGACCACGGCGCCCACCGCGAUCACCACCGAGUGUUCGCAGCGCCGACUCAUCACGACCAUGCUGAGGCUGCCAGCACCAGGCAACUCGUGCCCAGCACCGUCGUCGACACCUCCACGGGCCUGUCUACUCCUCCGCGAGCAGCCGGCAGCUACAUCACGCAGGAGGGCGUUUGAGCCUACAAAUGUUGUUGUGUCUGUUUACGCUUUAAUGUUCAAUGAUUAACAACCAUGCAAGCUUUUAUGCAA